GCAGACUGAACGGAACGUCGACGACCUCAACAGCCUCAAACGCAUUUAAUUUCACAAGUGAAUUCUAAAGAAAGCAGAAAUAUAAAACAAAACCUUUAAAAUGGCCGCCAUUAAGGAAUCGCUCUUGGCCCCGGUCGCUGAAGUGUUGCCCAGCUCGGGCCAUAAGGUCACCGUUGUGGGCAUCGGCCAGGUGGGCAUGGCCAGCGCCUUCAGCAUUCUCGCCCAGGGAGUCUCCAAAGAGGUCUGCCUGAUCGAUGUGUGCGCCGAUAAGUUGCAGGGCGAGCUGAUGGAUCUGCAGCAUGGCUCCAAUUUCCUGAAGAAUCCCCAAAUUACGGCCAGCACUGAUUUCGCAAUUUCGGCCAACUCGCGUCUGUGCAUUGUGACGGCGGGUGUGCGCCAGAAGGAGGGCGAGUCCCGCCUCUCUCUGGUGCAGCGCAACACCGACAUUCUGAAGAACAUAAUUCCCAAGCUCGUGGAAUACAGUCCCGAUACCAUUUUGAUGAUGGUCUCCAAUCCUGUCGAUAUUAUGACCUAUGUGGCCUGGAAGUUGUCGGGUCUGCCCAAGAACCGUGUCAUCGGCAGCGGCACCAACUUGGAUUCGUCCCGCUUCCGCUUCCUGAUGUCGCAGCGUCUGGGUGUGGCGCCCACCUCCUGCCACGGCUGGAUCAUUGGCGAGCACGGCGACAGCUCCGUGCCCGUGUGGUCUGGUGUCAACAUUGCCGGCGUACGCUUGCGUGAGCUGAAUCCCACUUUGGGCACCGGCGAGGAUCCAGAGAAGUGGAACGAACUGCACAAGCAGGUCGUUGAUUCCGCCUACGAGGUCAUCAAGCUAAAGGGCUACACCUCCUGGGCCAUUGGCCUCAGCACAGCAUCCCUGGCCGCCUCCAUCUUGCGCAACUCCAGCAGCGUGGCCGCCGUUUCCACAUCCGUUCUGGGCGAACACGGCAUCGAUAAGGACGUGUUUUUGUCGCUGCCCUGCAUUUUGAACGCCAACGGCGUUACCUCCAUUGUCAAGCAGAUUCUCACAGCCACCGAGGUCGAGCAGCUGCAGAAGUCGGCCAACAUUAUGGCCGAAGUACAGGCUGGUCUCAAAUUCUAGACCAAAUCCAGCAAACUAACAUUAGUCAAUCGAUAUGAAGGGUGUGAAGUCCAGUGAAAGUAUUUCUGACUACCAAUGUUUGUGUUUAGUGUUUUCUCAAUAUUAUUUAUUAUUUCAUUGAUUACAAGUCUAAUUUUCGUUCCUAAUGAAUAAAUCCUUUAAGUUUAAUUUUAA